GUCUGCAUACGUCAUGCAAGCAAGCGUGCGUCUGUUGUUGUAUACACAUACUGUAUCAAUACACAACAUUUUUAUUCAAGUUUUUAGCAAACCUUUUUAAUAUUUUUAAACUUUAAAGUAAAUAAAUAUGGAUGAAUUAAUUGGUCCUAAUCUUCAAAUUAAAUUGAGUAUUAAAGAAGGGAAAUGUUUCAAUAAUAUAGUUCAUCCAACUGUUAUUGUUGCUACAAUAAAUAAUCAUUCGUUAGAAACAAAUAUAUUUGAAAUCGAUCCUAAUCCUCAGUAUGCCACAGAUUUAGUUUGGGAAGUUGACAAAAAUACAGUGCGAAAAAUGAGAGCUGCACAAGUACCAAUAAAAGUGGAAUGUUUGAUAAUUAAAGAAAAUGAUUUUAAAGAAAAAGUUGGAUACCUACUUUUAAGUAUUCGAUCAGCUCAAAUUGUCACCAAAAGUAGAUUGUCAACUAUUAAAUCUUCUUGGAAUACUUUGUUAGGAUUAAAAGGUGAUUUGAAAAUUUGUAAACCAGAAUUACUGCUAUCAUUGACUGUUGAAGACCAGGAUAGUGAACUGUUGAAGGAAGAUUUGGAUAUAAAUUCGUCCUCCUUAAAAGCUGGUUUAGUACCUUGUCUGGUAGAAAAAGAGAGUUUAAUUCAACUAGGUUCACCAGAAAUAUGCCAAGACAUUUUUUUACUACACAUUACAGCUAAUAUGGCUGCUAAUCUUGAUCUUCUUGCAAGAGAACUAGUCAGUGCUGAAACUACUUUUACGUUUUGGUAUCAUAUUUUUGAAACUGACUUUCAGCUUAAACCAUUCAGAAGCAAUGAUGCUAGUUCUUGGAUGUUAAAUGAAAAAAUAGUAAUAAAAAUUAGAAGUUCAUUAAAUGUUUUAAAGAAUUAUUUGCAAACGAAUCCAUAUAUACUUGUUUCUUUAAAACAUGAAAAUAAUUUAAUUGGACGAGCAGAAAUUGAUCUGAAUUCUCUUGUUCCUACUGAAAAUAUUAAUGAAUUUUUGAAAAUAUCUACAAAUUUAUCAACUGUAUUAGAUCAUCAUUGUUUAUUAUUAAAUGGUACCAAAAGCGAAUGUGAAGGUCAUGUGAGAAAACCAUACGUUAGUCUUCAACUAGUAUUACAAUAUGUGGGCUUAAAAUAUUCAGGUCUUCAGAAAGAGAAUCCAGUAUCUUCUACAGCCUUGUCAAUUAAUAAAAUAAAUCAUGAAACUUUAGAACAUAAUUGUAAUUUAUUGAUGCAGAAUCAUUCAGAAAUAGGAUUUCACAGAAAUGCUGGCGGUGAUUUUAAAAAGUGUGGAAAUGUACAAAAACAAUGUAUGAAUUAUGAAAUGAUUCAUCAACAACCAACUCAAAUUCACUGUUGCAAUGAAUAUUCGAAAAAUGUAGAAAUAUACCGUUAUUAUUCCUUAAAUGUUCAACUGGAUGGGAUUAUGUUAAACACUUUUUGUCCAAAAGUUCAUCAUAUUGAAUUCAGAUUUCAUCAUCCCAAGACGGAAAUUUUGUCAACAUUUCAUCCUACGAUGCCUAUUUUGCCUGGAAAGAAGUUAAAACUAGACAAUGUUAGUUAUAAAUUAAAUUUCAUUUCUGCUGCUGAAGAGAUAAAAAAAUUGUUGCUUUCUUUUCCACCAAAAAUCAGUAUUUGCGAUGUGAAUGACACUGGAAAACCGUGCCUAGCACAAACAAUUUUAGAUUUGAAGCGUUUAUUUGAUCAUAAGUUUGAUAACCAAUAUGAAGCAAUUUUAAUGGAUUCAGAUAAAAAGAAUAUUGGAAUUUUAGAUGUUACAAUUCGUUUGGAAGAUAACGGUCCCUAUUAUAGAACAAAGAACAGAGUUUGUGAAGACAAUUUGGGACCACCAAUUUUAGACGAUAGUUUAAUAUAUAAAAUUGUUGAUGAACUUGAAACAUGGAAAGAAAGACAGAAGGAAAUAUUUAGAGCAGAGUUACGAAAAAAAGAAGAGCGUCAUUUAAAUCUUCUAAGUACAGAAUGGCAAAUAAGGAAAGAUAAUCUAGAAGCAAAAUUUACGAGCAGUGUGGAACAAUGUAAAUUAUUAGCUAAUACUUUAAAUUAUGCAACUGAAGAUUUGCGAACGAAAAAACUUGAAAGUCUUGAAAAGGAAGUAAUGCUUAAUAAAGAAAGGGAGGAUUUACAUUGUAAAUAUAAUUAUAAAUUGCAUGAAAUUAAAGAGAUAUCUUUUAAAGCACAAGAAGAAAUUUCUGUAAAGAUAAAAUACUUAGAAGAACAAAAUCGAUUUCUCAAAAUGCAACAUGAGCCUUUAAUACGAGAGAAUGAAAAAUUACAAGAGAUUGUAAAUAAACAGGCAGAGAAACUUGAAAUUUAUGAAAAAGGUACAUUAACUCAAGACCAAACAGCUUUGUUCUUACAAGAAUUGAAAAGUCUCGAGGAGAAAUUAACUAAUGCACAGAAAUGUAAAUCUUUUUUUAAAGAACAAUGGGGAAAAUCUGUUAGAGAAAUACACAAAAUGAAAAUAGAAAAUCAGCAAGCUGUUGAAUUACAAAUUAAAAGCAAUAAAGAGGAAUUGAACAAUUUUAAUAUGGAAAAUAUUUUAAGCAGAGACAUUUCAGGAUUUCCGAGCGAUCACGUUUUUUUGCAACAAUUACAAAAAGAGAUGAAUUUAAUAAAGCCUAAAAUAACUUCCCUAGAGACUAAUGCCAAUGAUCAAAUUUUUGCUCCCAUUAAUAACUUGGUUUUAAAAUCAAAUCGCAAUGGACUAACAUCUGAUUGGACAACAAGAUCUGAUGAACAGGAAGAGAAAUUACGAGUUUUAAUUGAAGAGAGAGACUCACUUUUGAAGACUGGAAGUUAUAGUAUAGAUGAUGCAGUAAUUGUUAAAUUAAAUACCGAAAUCAGAUCACUUUUAAUCUUUGGAUAAA